AUCAUGGUUAAAAUAGUUGUGCCAACUUGUUUUGUUGGCAUCUACCCCUUUGCUGCAUUGUACAGCAUCGAUAAUACCUUUACACGAAAAUACGGGAGAUAACUCUCAUGUCUUAUGCAUUCGGCAAUUAUCGCUCAGCAAAUAAACUGGCAAAGUUACUUCAUGGAUGUCCGAUACCAAUGAAUACAUCUGAGAUGUUCCGAAAAGUCGGUAACCAAUUCAUUAUUUAACUCUUCGUAUUAAAAGAAUAUUUUAAUCAUUAAAGGGGCACUUACGACGGUGACCAGUCAUAACGCCCCCGCGUCAAAUCGCCCUCGCGUCAAAUCGUCCCCACAUACGAAGGACCAUAACGUCCCCGCGUCAUAUCGUCCCCGCGUACGAAGGAGGCUGUGCGUUAAAUAAACAAGUAAACGGGUGAACCGGGUGCCUAGCUGUGAUGGCAGCCAGUGGUGACACGGAGGACUCCAGUUGUGGACUCUGUACAGCAGAGGAACUGACUAAUAUAAUGACUGCUGCUUCUGGGCAAUAUACACUUCUUCCUAACACUCCUUAUGAUGAAGUUUAUCCAGGCAUUUAUGUCGGAGAAGAAGAUUUUGCCAAGGACCUGAUUCAGCUAAAGCGUGUGGGAAUCACACACGUAGUGAAUGCCGCUCACGGAGACACGCCGCUCCACUCUCAGACAGACCCGUCACGCUACAAGAGGAUUCACGUCACGUUUCUCGGUGUGCCAGCAGUCGACCACAUGAACUUUGACCUCACUCCCUACUUCCAGUCAUCCGCUGAUUUCAUUGAUGAGGCCCUACAGAGUGGAGGCAAAGUGCUUGUUCACUGUGUUCAAGGUGUGAGUAGAUCUGCUACACUGGUCAUCGCUUAUUUGAUGAUUAAAAAACAAAUGGAUGUGAGAGACGCUCUUCGACUGGUUCACAAUCACAGAGAUGUAUGUCCAAACGAUGGAUUUCUGCAGCAGUUGUGUGACCUGAACAAAGUGCUAGUCAAAGAGAGAUAAACAAGAUACUGGUCGCAACGGCAUGGUGGUCACAUCAGAGUUUAACGCUUUAAUAUCGAGGAUAUCUCUUGUAUAUUUUUGUAAUAUUUAAACUUUGUUUUUCCCUGCGAUUUGCAAUUCUUUGAUUUCAUUUAGAUAUUAUGAACAAUGUAGGUCAUUCUCAAAUGCAGUAUUAGUGCAAUAGACAGUGUUUGGUAUAGUGCAUGCAACUGUGGAAUUCCCAUGUAAGAUGACCCAGUAAGUGUGCAGAGAAGUUGAAAACUAUAGUUGUGAAGUGGCCCUCUGCAUCUUACUGCCACACUUUUUGUGAAAAUACCUUUGAUGAUUACAAAUAAUAUAUAGCAUAAUAUAUAGUAUAAUAUAUAUAGUAUAUACACAGGUAUAAUAUAAGGUCUAUAGUAAUACAGCUGUGUUAGUGGUUUUAUAUUAAAAGUGUUGGGUUUUAUAUUAAAAGUGUUGUUUUAUAUUAAAAGUGUUGGGUUUUGUCUCUCAACACUGGUCAAUGUUCGAAGUGCACUUAACUUUGAGUAUCGCAUUAAAUAAGAUCACGGCUGUUAUUGUUAAGAUAUGCGACAGGACUUGUCAUAAAGUGUUUCAUCUGGCCAGUAGGCUUCCCUUCCUGUAAUUUAAUUUGAACAAGCUAUAGUAUCAAUGCAUCAGCUAGUAUUGUGUAUGAAACAAGUGCGGGGUGCUUCCCGUUAUAUUGGAAACUAGCAGCAUAACCCCCUUUUUUCUUUCUCAUUCGCUCUAAGGGCGAGGGGUUACAGGGCACAAUAUCAUUCUGUUCUCAUGGUGGUUAUGCAACUAGGCAACUUCAAAUUCACACAAACCUUUACCUUUACAUUCUAAAAUUCAAGUGAAAAACUUCUAGAUGAUUAGAAUUGUAUUUGUUAUUCACAUAUAAUUCAUAUAAACAAACAAUCAGUUUCCUAAGAUUUUAAAAUACACUACACUAAAUUCAAGGGUAUACUUCAAAUUCACACAAACCUUUACCUUUACAUUCUAAAAUUCGAGUGAAAAACUUCUAGAUGAUUAGAAUUGUAUUUGUUAUUCAAAUACAAUUCAUAUAAACAAACAAUCAGUUUCCUAAGAUUUUAAAAUACGCUACACUAAAUUCAAGGGUAUAUGCAGUAUUUUUAUAGUGAAUGACCACAAUUUAUAAAAAAAAGGUACCUACAAUGUUUCAGAGUAUACUGACAUGCAUUAUACAUACAUUGUAUUUGCACUUGCUCAAGAUAUUAUUUCUUAAAAUAACAUAUUGAUUAUAUGGUCACAAGAUUUUUUUUUAAAGUUUGGGGUGAGGUGUGUGCACCCUCGGCAUAUGCCCAUGAAAUACUGGUAAAGUUUAUUUUAUUUAACGAUGCCACUAGAGCACAUUGAUUUUUUUAUCUUAUCAUCGGCUAUUGGACGUCAAACAUAUGGUCAUUCUGACACUGUUUUUUUUAGAGGAAACCCG